AUGAAUUUGAAAUAGUAAAAUGAACCGAAUUUCAAUUGUCUUUGCGCGAAUGCCGCCACGCGUUCACCAAAGUUUUCGCAGAUUCCAUUCCAGAAUUCUCAAUGAAACAGAAAUCAAUGAGAUUCACAAGAUCAAUGAAAAUACAGGAGAUCUAUUUUCUAUUAGUGACCUGGCUCGAAUGCAGACUGACGUCUCUUCGUUAAAACAUAUUCUGAAUACGGAAAUUCUCAGGAGACUUUCAAAAACUAUCGUAAAUCUACCUAAUCUGUUCAAUCCAAGUAUAAGAGAUCAGCGAAGUUAUCAGUUUAUUGAAGACUACUUCCACAUGAAUUUUAAAGAAAUUUCUAAAUUAAAAACUAGGAGAAUGGAUGAAAAAGAUUUUCUGUUUACUAUAAAGCAUGUAGAAAUCAGGCUUGGGGGAACAACUGAAAUUAUUUCAGACGCUAUUCUUUCUUCAGGGAUACUUUCUAAAAACGAGGAGCAUAUUUGUCUUCAAUCUGAUAUAAACACUAUAUUCAAGUCCAACCUAUCUGUUGAAGUUUUAGUUAGCUUGGUAGUGGGUGGGCUGACCUCAAGGUUAUACCUUGAUCCAGAAACAGGUUUAAUCAAGAAUAUUAACACUGCCUUCGAUAAUGCAAGAUACUUAUGCGAGCAGUAUUAUAUCAGUUCUUCAGAGCUGAUUAUAACCGGAGAUGAGGAAUUAAAGUUCGCCUACUUCCCUUCUCAUCUUUAUCUCAUCUUCUUUGAAAUUAUUAAAAACAGCCUCAGAGCCAGUGUGGAGCAUCAUGGUGAAGGGUGUGAGCAUAUUCCCCCUGUUGUUAUUCAUCUUGAUACUGAAGAUGACUUUAUUGUUGUUUGCUUACAAGAUUCAGGUGGAGGUUACAGAAAUGGUGAUUUGACAAACUUAUUUCAAUUCUUCAGAACUAGUGCUUCAAUUAAUAGUAUGAGCUUAUACCAAGGAGCACAUAGUUCUCCCUUGGCUGGCUAUGGCUUUGGACUAGGAAUGGUUAAGAUUUACUUAGAACAAUUUAGUGGACAAAUUUUGCUUGAAAACACUUCUGAAGGGAUGAUUGUGAAGUUAAAAUUUAAACUCUGUCCUGAUCAAGCAUUGGAAACAAAAUGAUAACACUCCUGUAUGCCGAGUCCAUUAGCGCCGGAUCCAAUCAGGGUUCAGUCAUUUGUUUGCUGUCUAUUCUGAACCA